AUGUCUAGGAGAGCCCCGAACCCCGCUGCUGAGCGGGCGGCGCAAAACCAAGCUACCAUCAAGAGCCUGCUCAAGUUGGAGGCCAAUAAGGUCUGCUCUGAUUGUAAACGAAACAAGCAUCCUCGAUGGGCGAGCUGGAACCUAGGUGUCUUCAUCUGUAUCCGAUGUUCGGGCAUCCAUCGUGGCAUGGGCACUCACAUCAGCCGAGUCAAGUCCGUUGACCUCGAUUCUUGGACCGAUGAGCAACUCCAAAGUGUUCUGAGCUGGGGAAACGCUCGCGCCAAUAAAUACUGGGAGGCCAAGCUUGCGCCAGGUCACGCCCCAUCUGAAGCCAAGAUCGAGAACUUUAUCCGAACGAAGUACGAACUCAAGCGAUGGGUUAUGGACGGCCCCAUGCCCGAUCCUGCUACUCUAGAUGCUGAUGGCGACGACGACGUACCCCUUAGCAUUGUAAAGGAGAAGCAAGUUAUAGAGCGCAAGGAGUCCAUCAGAAAGGCAUCCCUGGGCAACUCACAAGCACCGAAAUCUAUUCCUGCACCUCAGGGAGAUCUUAUCGGCGGAGACCCUGUCCCUGUGCGAUCAAGCAGUGCUGCUCCUCACUCGGCGAAGGUUGCUCCUAAGGCUGAGCCUGCUCCACCGAGAGCAACAAGUACAAAGGACUCGCUACUCGGACUCGACUUCUUUGGCGAGCCUGCGGCUCCUCCUCGACCGGCCAGCACAACUGGUACCGCUCCGAGCGGUCAGUCUCGUCCCGAUUUGAAGCAAUCUAUCCUAUCUCUAUAUGCUACUGCGCCUAAACCCCAACCUCCUGCUCAACCUCAGCAACAGUCAUCUGCGGGAGGCUUUGGUGGCCUUGCAUCUCCCACCUUCAGCCACCAGUCUCAAGGCUCUGUUGGUGGCUUCAACGAUGCUUUUGGUGGUCUCAGCAUCUCGAACCCCCCUAAGCCCGCCGCUCCCGACCCUUUUGCAAGCCUCAGCUCUGCAAGUCGUACAACAUCAAGCAGCAAUGCCUUUGGUGGCCUAGGAGGAGGUAGUUUCUUCAACAGCAAACCCUCCCAACCCACAGCCCCUACCCACCAGCAGCAAUCUUCCAACUUCUCGAACUUCGGUGGCUUUUCCUCCCCACAGCCGGCUGCUUCUGCUGCUCCUGCCGCGCCCAAGCCCGCUCAAUCCUCCGCCAUGGGUGACCUUUUCGAUCUUUCUGCACCUGUGACCACAUCGCCUCCUCCACCACAAACCGCAGCAGCUUCUACCAACUCCGUCUUCAACCUCUCUUCUCCUCAAAGCCCUCCUGCUGCCGCGCCAACCAGUACGACGACAACAGCUAACGCGGCCAGUUCUAUGGGAGGUUUCUCUGGUGCUGAUGUUUGGGGUGGAAGUGAUUGGGGAGCCCCUGCAGCUCCUGCACCAGCUUCAGUUCAGAAAGCACCAGAACCGCCAAAGCCCGCGGCGAGCGAUUUUGGUUGGGGUAACACGGGAGGAGCAUUUGCCAACACACCCAUCGUCCCUGGGGCGUCAGGAGGCUUCAAUCCUAUCGCAUCGCCCAAAGUAUCAGCCGAUGAGGAGUUCGGAGGAUGGACAAGCAGUGGACCUGCUGCUGGUGGCAGUGGUGGUCAAACCAAGCCUAGCGGUGGCUUUGGCGGAGAUGAAGACUUGUUCUCCAACGUGUGGCAGUAG